AUGGCCGCUGAAAAGGCCAAUGCUCUUAACCUGCGUUCCAGAAAAGUCAACCGCGCACACGCAUCCCAUCGUUCCCCUAUAGCUCGUUCUCGCCGCCAUCAUCUUACGCCCACAAGGCCACGAACUCACGGGGAGGGUGACAGCCGUAGCUCACCCAAUCUGGUGGAGGAUCAGGAUCAACCUUCUCUUGAUGACAUGAUGGAAUCAGACAUGCACCAAUCUGUUAAUGAUAAGGAUGAGGCAGAUCCCGUGUGCAGUUCAGCCCAGGGACAAAGUUUGAGCAUCCACGAUGUGGCUCCCUGCUCUGAUGGCAAUGCGGAAGUUACUCUUGCCGACAGUGUAGCUUUGGCGAUGGAAAACACAUACGACGACAAAUGGAACUACCACGGCCCCGUUGACCGUCGAUACUGCGACAUCCAUGAUGAAAAUGAGUAUCUAUGUUGCUUCGACCCUACUUGGGUAUCACCGUGGAACUUCGAUGAUCCAGAAGUGUCGAGCUCAAAACUGGAGGAGCUGUACAACAUCAAUCAGCAGAAUCCGCAGGAACCAUGGUCCUCGAGAGUUGAGUGCGAUGUUCCUGAACUGCUGGACCAUAUUUCCUGUGUGACAGCGAGGGGAACAAGUGGAGGUAUGAGCGUUUACUUUGCUCACUGGAAAGACCAAUGGUUCCGGGAGAAGAAUGUUGGAAAAAGAGAGUAUGGAUCAUGGGAGCGAAGCUACAAUAUCAGUGGCGGUGAUAAAUAUGAGAUGGCUCUUCUCUUGUCUGCAUCCAAUCCAAAUCUCCUUGAUCGCUCCAGACGGUUGACGGCCGUCUCAGCAGUAGAAAGGCAGAAUGUUUUCGCAUACCAUGAAUCGCGUUCGACAUCGCUGGGGUCAAAGCCUUGCAAGCUAGUACAUGGACGGCCGGCCCUAAGCUCCCAACGUGGUUGA